UUAUAAUAAUAUAAUAGUUUGAUAAUUAGAUAUUAAAAAGAACAACAAUCAGCACAAAUAGAAAAUAAUUUUACAUCGAAGCCGAGGAAGUCACCAUUUACAUGCUGUUAUGCACUAUAUGUAUUCGUUACUUGCUAACCGAGUUAUAAAUGAAGUUCAGUAUUAUUUUAACCCGUUAUAAAAUGAACCAGUUUACUUUUAAAAAUAAACAAUUGUUCAAGAAAAUUUUGUUAUUUAUCGACUUCUAUGAUGGAUUCCUUAUUCUGAAACAGGUGAUGAGGAUCACCUCCCCUUGGCCGCCAUUUUUCCUAGGAAACCAAAUUGCUCUUGAAUGUAUAUAUGUUGGUAAAAAUACUUUGGAUGCUCAUGGCAUGUGAGAGAUACAUAACCUCAUUUUAUUUGUGUAUAUACAUGUGAAAUUUAAACAAAAUGAAAGUUGAAAAAAAGAUAACAAAGAGAAAAUUAAACAAUAUAAGAACUGAAGAUCAUGUUAAAAAAGAAGAGAAAGAAGAGAAUCCAAUAGAAUCUGAACAUGAAGAAGAAUCGGAUUCAGGUACUGAAGAUUUAUUGUCAGCUGAAGUAAAUAAUAAUGAUGAAAGUACUGAUGAGGAAGCGGAUGAAAAUGAGAAUAUUCCUGAAUCUGAUACUGAGAAAGAUCCUAUUGUUUUCGAAUCUGAUGAUGAAGAUGAAUUAAGUUUUGAAUCAGACUCUGAUAUUCUAGGUUUAGAUGAAAGUUAUUCUGAAAAUGAUAAUGAAAAUGAUUUUAUUGAUCAAAGUAAUAUAAAUGAAAAUACAGAAAAGAAAAAUGAGAAUGUGUUUACUGCAAAAUCACAACAAUCUAAGCCUAAAACAAAGAUAAACAAGUCUACUACAUCUAAAAUGAAUAACAAAAAUUUAUCUGCUACAUUAAAUACUAAUAAGAAAAAUAAAACUUUUAAAGAUGAGUCAAAUAAAUCUAGGUUUUCUAAAGUUAUACAAAAUAAGAAAAAUUUAAGUUCCAAUAAAAAUGCAAGUACUACUUCAAAACAAAAUUUAUCAGAAAAAUUUAAUAAAAAAAGUAUUGUGCAUAGUGUAAGUAGUGAAAAUGUAAAUAAUAAUGUAUCAGUAAAUCGACAGAUAGAUGAAUACGAAUAUGACAGCUCUGAUGAAGAAGAUAUUCGUAAUACAGUUGGAAACAUACCAAUGAAGUGGUAUGAUAAUUAUGACCAUAUUGGUUAUGAUUGGGAUGGUAAAAAAAUUAUAAAACCUCAAAAAGGAGAUCAGUUAGAUAACUUUUUGAAACGAAUGGAGGAUCCAGAUUUUUGGAGAACAAUAAAGGAUCCUCAAACUGGACAAGAUGUGGUAUUAAGCGAAGCAGACAUAGAAUUAAUAACAAGGAUACAAAAACAGAAAAUUCCUGAUGUAACUUUUGAUGAAUAUGCUCCAUGGGUAGAGUGGUUUACUUCAGAAGUAAUGAAAACACCAUUACGUAAAUUUCCUGAGCAUAAACGUUCAUUCUUACCAUCUAAACCAGAAGCUAGGAAGGUAUCAAAAUUAGUUCAUGCACUUAAAAUGGGUUGGAUGAAAUCUACUGCCGAGUUGGAAAAGGAAAGACAACAGAAAAAGAGCGAACCACAAUUCUAUAUGUUAUGGCAGUCAGAUGAUCAAGCAGAGGAAAUGCGUAGAAUUCACAAACAUAUUCCAGCACCUAAGAGACAUUUGCCUGGACAUGCAGAAAGUUACAAUCCACCUCCAGAAUAUUUAUUUGAUAAAAAAGAACUGAAAGAAUGGAACAAAUUACAACCGACACCAUGGAAACGAAAAUUACAUUUCAUUCCACAGAAAUAUAGUUCACUUCGUGAAGUUCCUGCCUAUCCUAAAUAUGUUAAAGAAAGAUUUCAGAGGUGUUUAGAUUUGUAUUUGUGUCCUAGAGCCCUAAAAAUGAGAUUAACAAUAGAACCCGAAACUUUAGUACCUCAGUUACCUAGUCCAAAAGAUCUUCAACCAUUUCCUACAACAAUGUCUAUGGUAUUUAAGGGUCAUAUAGAUAUGGUGAGAAGUAUUACUGUAGAACCAAUAGGACAGUAUAUUGCUUCUGGUGGAGAUGAUAUGAAUUUGAAAAUAUGGGAAAUAGCAACAGGAAGAUGUGUAAAAACAGUGCCAUGCGGUGGAAUAAUAAGAUCAGUAGCGUGGUGUCCAAACCAGUCUCUAUCACUUGUAGCAGUGGCUGCAGAUAAAAAAGUUCUUUUGAUAAAUCCUGGAGUUGGAGAUUGCUUGAUUAGUAGUAAAACAAAUCAAUUAUUGCAGAUAAUUCCACAAAGUGAUGUUAUAGUAAGUGACAGAGUCAAAACUGCUGUUCAAUGGGAACAAGCAGAAGGUGAAGAUUGGUCAAAUAGCAUCAGGGUAAUUUUAAAUCACUUUAAAAUAGUAAAGCAAGUGACAUGGCAUGGUAAAGGUGAUUAUUUUGCUACUGUUAUGCCAGAUGGUCAAAACAGAUCAGUCCUCAUAAAUCAGUUAUCAAAAAGGAGGUCUCAAUUACCUUUUAAUAGAUCAAAAGGUUUAAUACAGUGUGUUUUGUUCCAUCCAAUUAGACCUUAUUUAUUUGUAGCGACUCAACGUAAUGUAAGAAUAUACGAUUUAGUGAAACAAGAAAUGAUUAAAAAAUUAUUAUCAAAUUCACAAUGGAUAUCAUCAAUGGCAAUACAUCCUGGAGGUGAUAAUGUUUUAGUAGGCACUUAUGAUCGCAAAAUGCUUUGGUUUGAUCUUGAUUUGAGUACAAAACCUUACCAAACAUUACGUUUACACGGUACAGGUGUACGAGGUGUUGCAUUUCACAAGCGAUAUCCUCUUUUUGCAUCUGGUGCUGACGAUAGAGGUCUUAUUGUUUCCCAUGGAAUGGUGUAUAAUGAUUUAUUGCAAAAUCCAUUGAUUGUACCUUUGAAGAGAUUAUGUAAUCAUGAAAGUUACAAUGAUUUUGGAAUUCUGGACGUAAUGUUUCAUCCUAUUCAACCAUGGGUAUUUUCUGCCGGUGCGGAUUCAACAAUCCGAAUGUACACUUAAAUUAUAAUAUACUACUUGUUUAAUAAUCGAACGUACUAUUUUGUGCGUUUGUUUAAUAAAAUAUAAUAGAAAACUUUGUAUAUGAACAAUAACAUAACAAUUUUUAUAAUACUAUAAAAAUUGAAAUAAAUUUUUUCAUUUAUUUUAUUUCUGUAUGAAAAUUUUAAACAUAACUUGUGCAUUGUAAUUGUUUACAAAAACUAAAUGUAUAGGAACUUUUAUAUAGCAACAAAUAAUUAUAUGAUAGUUUCAUUAUACUAAAAUUGUACAAUAAAUAUUCCACAAUUAAA